UUGCGUCACGUCACACGUCGUGAGCCAACAGAUCUUUUAAAAGCAUUAGCUGAAACUAUCGAUGUCGAUACAACAGCUCCACACUAUUCACUCAUCGAUGAUCCAGCAUUAAUUCCCACCAGUCAGCCAUCGAAACGAAAUUUUUAUCUUGCAAAGGAGAUGGGAAGAAAAAUAGCUCGUCAGCUUGCUGAAGAAUGGCCAACUUUAUUUAUGUACGAUUUAGACGAGCCAAGAUUGCCUGUUUUUCGACCCGAGAAACGUGCAGAUCCAGUAGAAAUUGAACCGACUAUUAAAAAUUUGCAAAAAUUUAUUGAAAAAAAGGAAGUGCUUAGUGCUAUUCAAUUAUAUGAAAGAAUGCGUUCUGUCAGCAUAGAAGUCUCGAAGUCUAUUCAGAUGGAUCUCUUUCGUAUGCUUGCUUACUAUAAUGAAUCUGAUAUACCGGACGCUGAAAUCGAAGAAUGGCACGGUGCUAGAAAUUUUGGAAAUUCUGAGAAAGAAUCAUCAGUUAAAUGGAAGGGUCAAAUAGCAGAACUAUUAUUCGAAGAACUCGAAUGUAGUGAUGAAACAUAUUCGAUAAUGAUCGCUGGGUUAUCCAAGUUUCCUACCAGUGCAUCGAUUUCGCGUGCCAAGCUACUUUUUGAUGAAAUGAAAAGUAAGCAAAUGAAGCCAAUGGUUGAAGCAUUUUGUGGAUUAAUUAGAAAUGCUGAUUCGUUGACUGAAGCCGAAAGUUACUUAAACUCGAUGGUUGAAAUGAGAGUUCGACCUACAAUAAUUAUUUUUAAUGAGCUGAUGACACUAGUCAAUAAAGUAAAAUAUUUUUAUAGAAAUUGUUUUAAUGCAAGUUUUUAUCGUUUUUAUCGUCUAUUUUAUUAUUUUUUAAAAUUAUUUAUUUAA